GGAAAGCGCGGGGGGAUGGCAAGGGCUGUUUCUGGGCGGAUUAGGUUCCUGGGUUGUGAUUUCUUCCAUUCUUAAUGUGACCCAAACGAUUAGAUCUCUCAUUCAGCCUUGGGUUUCUCGCCAAGUCAUUAAUGGCGUCCCAGUUUCUUUGAAGAUCCAGAAAUAUCAGAGCUGGUAUCUGGAUGCCUUCUUUUCUGGGCUCUCUUGCAUAGUUUCUGUGCCUUUCUACACUGCAUUUCUUCCUUUCCUCUUCUGGACUGGGCAUUCUAAAUUGGCUCGGCAAAUGACCCUUCUGAUGGCUUUUUGUGAUUAUAUGGGGAAUUGUAUAAAGGUCUGUUCUUUCUCAUCGUUUUGAGUGCUAUGUAUUCGAUUAGAAUGUGGUAUCUGUUUUGAUUCAGUUGAAGUAAGAUUGACUUGUUUUUUUUUAUGAUUUCCCAAGAUUUAUGCAAACUUACCCCAAGAAAUAGGGAAGUGUUUUCAUUAUAACCUUUAUGCAUUGGUGCAUUUACUACCCAAAGUUUUAUACUCCAUAGAAGGUAAGAACCAAAUGAAGUAUAACAUGCCACUUCAAUUUAGUCGAUAAAACAUGAACUUCUCACUUGGUUUGAGUGGUAGGUAGGAAGCUCACUUCCCAAGGUUCAUGGGGAAGUUCACCCGGCGAAGACGGAGGCAUUGGUUCAUUUACUAUUUAUUAUGCUUCUGGUGUAUGAUUGAAUGCCAACAUGUUUGCUGCAGGAUGUUGUGUCAGCCCCUAGACCAAGCUGUCCCCCUGUUAGGAGAAUAACAGCCACUGAAGACGAGAAAGAAAAUGCAUUGGAAUACGGACUGCCUUCUUCGCACACUCUCAAUACUGUUUGCUUGUCCGGAUACCUUUUGCACUAUGUGUUGUCCCACACCCAAAACAAAGAUUUGCCGUUUGAAAUAGCGGGAGUUGCCCUUGUUUGCUUGCUUGUUGGCCUAAUUGGCUUCGGUAGGAUUUACCUUGGGAUGCACAGCUUGAUUGACAUCAUUGGAGGUCUGGUUUUCGGCCUUGCGAUCCUGGCCUUUUGGCUUUCUGUUCACAAUCACAUAGAUCAUUUCAUUGUUUCAGGACAAAACGUUACAUCCUUUUGGGCAGCACUGAGUUUCUUGUUCCUCUUUGCUUAUCCAACGCCUGAGAUGCCUACGCCAAGUUUUGAAUAUCAUACAGCUUUCAAUGGCGUUGCAUUGGGAAUUGUAAUGGGAAUCCAGCAAACAUACCAUCAGUUUCACCACGAAGACGUUCCACGGAUCUUUACACCUGAGCUAACAAUCCUUGCAUUUGUGGGCAGAAUGCUGGUAGGGAUACCGACAAUACUCCUCGUGAAGGUGUGCAGCAAGGCUGUUGCGAAAUGGAUGUUACCUAUGCUUGCCAAUGCUUUGAGCCUCCCUGUGAGAUCAACCAGCUAUGUCCCUGGACUGAACGGCAUGACCAUUGCCAUUAAGUCAGACAAAAUGAUGAAGCCUCGAGCAGCAGGAGGAAGUAUGUAUUCUUAUUGUGAGCAGAAGGUAUCCAUUUUUUUACAGCAGGAGACAACAUUUGAUGUUGAUACCUGCAUACGGCUUGUUCAGUAUACUGGCCUUGCUUGGGCUGUUGUAGACCUUGUUCCAUCUUUGUUCACCUACCUAAGACUAUGAUGUUUUUUUGUUUUGUUUUUGCAUCAUGAAAAAACUUUAUUACUUGCUAAUGUAGUAGAAGCCAUAUUUUUGGGUCCCAUUAAAAAAACCCUAUUGGC